UCUAAGAUCUAAGAUCUAGACUCUCUGAUACACUUUCAAUUCCUCAUUUAGCAAAUGAGCAAGGCCACAGAGCCUUGUGAUGUCUGGCACACUGAGUGUUCCCAUCAUUUAAUAAUUGUUUCUUUUUUCUGUGCAGACAAUCAAGAGAACUCCCAGAACAUGGCAAACUUCAGCAUAGUAACAGGAUUCCUGCUGAUGGACUUUUCUGACAUCUGAGAACUGCAAGUCUUAUAUGCCAUGCUCUUCUUACUGAUCUAUUUGGUGUCUCUGAUGGGGAAUCUGCUCAUUUUCACCCUCAUCUCCCUUGAUGAACAUCUCCAAUCCCCCAUGUACUUCUUCCUGAAGAACCUGUCCUUUUUAGAUCUUUGCUUUAUUUCUACCACACUCCCUAAAUCUAUCACAAACUCUCUGAGCCAUAGCCAUUCCAUUUCUUUCACAGGAUGUGUAUUACAAUUCUUUUUAGUAAUUUCCUUUGCAGCAUCAGAGCUUUUUCUCCUCACAAUGAUGUCCUAUGACCGGUAUGUGGCCAUUUGCCAGCCCCUGCACUAUGAAGUCAUCAUGAUUAGAGAGACUUGUGUGAAGAUGGCAAUUGUUUCCUGGCUCAGUGGAGGUUUGUUUGGGACUCUGUACUCAGCUAGUACAUUCACUUUGUCUUUCUGUAGGUUCAAGGAGAUCCACCAAUUCUUCUGUGACUUUCCUUCAUUAUUCAAACUCUCCUGCUCCAAUAUACAUAUUGGAGUAGAUGUGACUUUAGCUAUUGGGGUUACUUUAGGAAUUCUGUGCUUUAUUUCCAUAGCUACCUCUUAUGGUCCCAUAUUCUCAACUGUGCUGAAGAUUCCAACUACAGAGGGUAAGUCAAAAGCCUUCUCCACUUGCUUACCCCACCUCAUUGUUCUCAUUGUUUUUAUUACAACAGGUAUCACAGUUUAUCUAAAGCCACCUCAGGAAUCUAACUCUGUUCUGGAUCCAUUGUUUUCUAUAUUCUACACAGUAGUGCCCCCAACCCUGAAUCCUAUAAUCUAUAGCCUAAGGAACAAGGACAUCAAGAUUUCCCUGAGGAAGCUAAUAGCCUGGAAACACUUCUAAUGGGGAUAAACAUUAAGGUCUCCAUGAUUAUACUAUUGCUUUAUUUUUUUCAUGGAAAUUAAAAAAAAAAAAUCAGUCAUGGCCUUUCUGGUCUUACUGAAUAGAAAUCUUUCUUGUUUGUCUAUGUCAAGAUCACUAGUUUUUAAUUAAUAAUUUU